CUCCUACAGGCAGCCAUGAGCUCCAGCCGCCCUGAGCCGAGUGCCCGGGCACCCCGGAGCCCCCACCUGCAGCCCCUGUCCCGGAGCUCUUCCAGCCUGCUGGGUGAAGGCCGAGGGCAGAGGCCCAAGCUACGCAAGAGUGCCAGCAGCACCGUGUGGCAGGCCCAACCGGGCGAGGCCAGCACUGGUCCCCAGCUCCCAGAGGAAGAGGGCUGCCCAGCUGAGAGCAUGGAGCCAGCACAGGCCUCCAGCCCCCGGCCACAGCCUGGUGCUGGGGGCUACUGGCGGAGCAGCACUGUGGGCAAUGUGUCCACUGUGGGCAGUGCAGACCUGUGUCACCUGCGGACCACUGGUGCCACUGCCGUGCAGAGGAGCCACUCGGACCUGGUCCAUAGCAUCCAGAUGCAGGAUGAUAGCAGUGCUCGGAAGGCCAGCCUCAGCUGCGUGGCCCUUGGCAGCUCCCCUGUCCACAGGGCUCAGCUGCAGCCUGGCGGUUCUUCUGACCAGGGUGGCCAGUUCCCUACAGGCCUGGAAAGGGACCCGGCUCCAGAGGAUGGGACUUCUAACUCAGCCUGGAUGCUGGGGGAGAGUCAGAAGGGGGUGCUGUCACCAGACCUGGGGGGCACAACUACCUGCAGCAGCAGUCCCCAGGCUGAGCCCAAAGCCACUGGGCAGCCGGCCACCACCUCCUGCCAUGCUCUGCCCCCAGCAGCUCUAUUCUGCGGCAUGAGUAAGGAGGGGGCUGGCAGCUGCUAUCAUGGCCUGCCUGCCACAGGGAUCCUGGCCUUUCCCAAACUAGUGGCAUCAGUGAGUGAGUCUGGGCUACAGGCUCAGCAUGGGGUGAAGUUUCACUGUAAGUUGCCUGGGGGGCUCCCUGGGCACUCUUACUGCUGUGCUCACCAUUGGGGUCCCGCUGGGUUGGCUACAGAGCCUGGCUCCAGGACCAAAGAUGUGUGGACCAUGACCUCAGCCAGUGACUUGGCCCCUACAGUGGCAUCCCCUCUGCCAGCCCAGGAUGCUGGCGUGCAGGCAGCCCCAGUGGCAGCCUGCAAGGAUGUGGCCACCAGCCCAUCCAUGGAGGCACCUGUGGCCCUGCACAUGUUCCCAGAGAUAACUCUGGGGUCCAGCUUGGAGGAGGCGCCAUCCCCUGUGCGGGAUGUGCGAUGGGAUGCUGAAGGCAUGACGUGGGAGGUGUAUGGAGCCGCGGUGGACCCCGAGGUGCUCGGUGUGGCCAUCCAGAAGCACCUGGAGAUGCAGUUUGAGCAGCUGCAGCGGGUGCCCACCAGCGAGGACAGCCUGUCUGCAGAGGGCCGGAGGGGGCCGCUGCGGGCUGUCAUGCAGUCCCUGCGGCGUCCCAGCUGCUGUGGCUGCUCCAGCGCAGCCCCUGAGUGAGGAGCUGCAGCCCUUGGAGCUGACCUGGACCCACGGACUUGGCCCUAGACUAAGGCCAGGGACAGUGGGGACCCCGUGCCCCCUGGACCCACUGGCAGCUGGCCACAGCUCUCAUCUGCAUGCCAGCUGCAUACAGGCCACAGGACUGCAGCGUGGGGCUUUCUGCCCCCUGUAGCUGGGCUGGUUAUUAAGGGCUUGUUUCCCAAGGGCCACAUUUCUGCACAUUCCAGGCUUUGAAUGUCGAGACAGGGUUUCAGCACUGUGCACAAGGGAGACCCUGAGUUUUGUGUAAAAAACUUGACCUUCUAUUCA